AUGAGUGAGGCCUGUCAAGAAGUAAUUUCAUUAGACAAGUCGCUCAGUCGUGAACGACGUUCAAGUCAAGAACGUACUAGAAGCCCUAAUCAGACGCAAAAUGAUAAUUGUAGUGAUUCACACCAUGAUCGUGGAUCACGAGGAAGCUCGGUCUCGAAUAACAAUCCCAUUGUAUCUUCAAGACACAGAGGAAGAUCUCAGAGUUCAGAAGACGUUGAUCCAAAAGAUACAACGCCAAUCAGCGACGCUGGCGAACAGAACCAAGUGGCCUUGACAGAUCAGGUUGUUCAAUCUGGCCAGGUCGCUCAGAGAUCUACGCCUGUUCAAGGACUGAAUCAAUCUGAGGAGAAAUCCUCAUCAGCAGGUAUACAGAAAGAACCAGACCUUGCCCCCGAGAUCCUUCAGGCUAUAGGAGAAAGGGUUCAUCCGGAUAGGAAGCUAGCGCCUGCCAUACACACAAAGUUCGUGGCCGGAAUAGAGGAAGUAAUCAAAAAAGGUCUUCCUGCGGACAAAAAGAAAAGGUUGCUCAAAAAAUUUCCAUCACCCGAGAAUUGUCUAAUGAUGGAUCCUCCCAAAUUGAAUCCAGAAUUAAAAGCUUGCCUUCAGGAAACCAUAACAAAGAGAGACAGUCGAAUCGUUGAGAAGCAGGCGAGGAUAACGACUAGUCUAGCGGGUCUGUUGGACGUACUCGUUAAAAUCACGAGUCUUAAAAGCGAAGAGAAGCUGCCAACCAAGGAAUUGACAGAAUCCUUGUGGGGAGUUUUGCAACUCAUGGCAGAUCUUCAGCAUGUAGAAUCCAGCGUUCGUCGGAGCCUUAUUGUAAAGAACAUCAAUGCAUCGAUGAGAGAGACGCUUAACGCAACCACCGUCGGUGAAUGGCUUUUCGGAGAGAAGUUGGAAGAAAAAGUAAAAGCCGCAAAAACUCUUGAAUAUUCGAGCAAGAGUUUGAAGCCUAACACUCAACAGAACCAGACGGGUCAAUCAAAAAACUCGAAACGCCCGCUCCGUCGUCAACCGUCCAAAUGGACGCGCAACUCAGUGUCGAGCGGGCGGAGGCCUUACCAGUCGUACCAGAAGCAGAAACAGCCCAGCCGUCAAUCAACACAACUGAAGGACAAUCAGUCAGUAGCGAAGAAGCAAGAGUAACGACUGUAAGUGGGUUAGCAGGUAGACUCAGGCAUUUUCAGUCACACUGGUCGGACAUCACGUCUGAUAAGCUAAUCCUGAGCUGGAUUAAAGAGUAUAAAAUACCAUUUGUAUCCAAGGUAUCACAAGCUGUUCCACCUGUAGAACCUAAGUGGUCACUGCAGGAAAGUACUGCAAUUCGUGAACAGUUAAAU